AUGAAAAUCAAGGAAGAAUUCAUCUCAGCAAGUGUAAACCCCCGCUCUCACUGCCUAGUUGCUUGCAAAUCGGCGCCGUUCGUCGUAUAUGCUUCUUCCCUUCAAAUCGCUCUACAAACUGUUCCAAAAGAUGACACAGAAGUCGGUGUAAUCAAGAGCACCUCGGAACGUCGUCACCAAAAGCCGAUUACAGUUUUGAAAAGACUGAAAUCCAGUGGGAAAGUCGAUGAAUUCGUGUCAGGAGACGUCAAUUCCCGUGUUAAUUUGUGGAAAUUGAGUGGAGAACGAGUGGAAUACGUGGCAGAACUUCUAGGUUGUUCUGGAAGUAUUGGAACAGUUUGUGGAGUGGCAGAAGAGAAUAGAAAAGUUGUAGCCGCUGCGUGGGUGUCCUACCCAAACAACGGAUUUGAGGCGUGGUGGACUUCACCUACCGGCGAACUUUUGAAUUCUACAAAAAUCGAAUUGGAUCAGAAAGCAUUUGCCCUCUGUCUAGACGCUAUUUCCCUCCAGAAUUUUGUUCUUUUGGCGGUGGGAACUUCGAAACGAUUCGUGGAGUUAUAUGGGGAAUCGGAGGAUAGAAAAACGUUUUCCAGACUAGUUUCGGUAGCAGGACACACUGAUUGGAUCCAUUCGAUCGCGUUUAAUGAUGACCCCUACAAUCUAUUAGUUGCCUCUGCUGGACAGGACACUUAUGUCAGACUGUGGUCUAUCGAACCAGAGUCCGCUACCCACCCAGAACCUCCGAAAAUUCCAGCAGCCCUGCUCGACGAAGACACUGACACUCCAGAUGAGCUGACGUCUUCUGCGAAUCUCUUCACUUUCAACAACUCCACACUCCGUUGUAGUUCGCAUGCAGUAAUGCAGGGACACGAUGACUGGGUUCAUUCGACGGUUUGGAGUGAGAAUGGACGAGUUUUGUUGACGGCGUCGAGUGAUAAAACGUGUAUUAUCUGGAGAGAAAUCGAUAAUUUAUGGAGAGAUGAUGUGAGAUUGGGAAUUGUUGGAGGACAAGCGGCGGGAUUCUUUUCCGCGGUGUUUUUGAACACAGAUGUUGAACAUUCCGAAACACAUUCCGAAGACGUCGUUGUCAGCUCCUCCUACUUUGGUGGUCUCCACGCCUGGAAGUCUUCUGAUGACCAGAAGACGUUCUGGUCGUCACUCCCGAUGACCGGCGGUCAUGUUGGAGAAGUUCGAGAUGUCGAUUGGCAUGAGUCAUUCUUGAUGUCAGUUGGACAGGAUCAGACAACGAGAGCAUUCGCUAAAAGUGAGAAACAACAAGUCUACCUGGAAAUUGCUCGUCCCCAAGUUCAUGGACAUGAUAUGCAGUGUCUCUCAUUCGUCAAUCCAUCUGUUUUCGUUUCUGGAGCCGAGGAGAAAGUGUUCAGAGCGUUCCGUGCUCCUAAAUCUUUCGUCAAAAGUUUGGAAUCGAUCACCGGAAUUCCGGCGGAAAAAUCAUUCGGCACGAGUCAACUCGCUGAAUUCGGAGCAUGUGUUCCUGCUUUAGGACUGUCGAAUAAGCCAAUGGUUGAAGGAGAGACAGUGGAUGGAGAGCAUUGGGAAGAGGACGCUUUCAGAGCAGCUCCUACUAUUUUGACAGCUGCUCCCACUGAAGACACCCUCCAACAGAACACGCUUUGGCCGGAAGAACACAAGUUAUAUGGGCAUGGAUAUGAGGUUUAUGCAGUUACAGCCAACCCCACUGGAACGGUUUUGGCUACUGCUUGCAAGUCGAGUCACACGGAGCACUCUGUAGUGAUGCUCUGGAACACCGCGGAUUGGUCGAAAAGGGCGGAUAUCAUUGGCCAUCAGUUGACAGUUACACAGAUCGCGUGGAAUCCAUCGGGAACUAUUCUUCUGACUGUAAGCAGAGACAGAACUGCAAAGUUGUAUAAGGAGAAGACGGGAGAUGUCAAUGGUUUCGACUAUGAAUGUGUCUGGACUUCUGGAAAAGAACAUACACGAAUUUUGUGGGCUUGCGAUUGGAUUGAUGAUCAACACUUUGUCACGGUGGCUCGAGACCAGAAAGUUAUUGUUUGGAGUGCUGAAGGAGCACCAAAAGCGCAAUUGAAGUUGGAUGAACCAGUGACUGCCGUUGCUGCUUCUGGAGAUUUGGUUGUGGCGGGACUUCAGACUGGAGAGCUUGUUGUUCUUCGGUUUACUGGAGAGAACUUGGAAGUGGUUGAGAAGAUCGGAUCAAAUGCUAUCAAAAUCGAUGCAGCAGUUUUGCGCUUACGAUUUUCAAAGUGCGGAAGAAAACUGGCGGUGGCGACGAGUGAUGCAAAGUUACGUGUCUUUGAUUUCACUGUGUAG